AUGGCGCUCCCUGAGGCGGCCGCAACGGCGAUUGCGGGGGCGACGCCCCCGGCCACCACGGGCUCCCCCGCCUCCCCCGCCCUGCCCGCCGGCGCUCCUCUGCUAGCCGGCACCGUCCGCCUCCCGCCUCUCCGCCCUUCGCCCCCUCAUCCCGCAUCGCUGUCCUCCCCUCCUCUGCCCCUGUCCGCCACAGCAGCGACGCGUGUUGGUAGUUGGACUGACUGGGCGGCUGAGGAGGUCCGGCUGGACGCUGCAGCCGUUGCCGCCGGGCUCCCCCGGCCCCUGCGCCGCUUCGGUGACGGGUUGGCGGCGGCGGUGGAGUCCGCCGAGUCCGAGACUGCCUCGACGCUUUCCCCUCCCCUCUCCCUUCUCCUUCCCUUGUGGGUGUGGCCUGUUGCCCACCACGCACCACCUUCCCCGCCGCCGCAGGGCGCCGGCCGUCAGGCUGGUCGUCGCGGCCGUGGGGCCCGAGCUCGAGCUUGGGGGGUGGCCGGUCGGUCGGAGCUGGGACGGGCGGCGCUCUCAUGGCGUCUUUCUCCUUCGCCGAGUCCGGCGAACGCGCCCGUGCCGGCUGCUGGCCCUUUGGCUUGCUCGGCGGCGCCCGGCGUGGUCCUCCGCGACCACAAAUUCCGGCCCUUUCGGCCUUCUGCGGAGGCUCCGGGCGGCGCCCCGCCGCCGGCGGCGGCCUGGCUCUCUAGGGGGAAACCCUAUCCCCUCCCCUCCCUCGGUUGGGUAGUGGGUUGUGCCUAG